CGAAGAAGAAGAAGGUUGCUAUCAUCCAACGUGAAUUUCGGUAAUUUCAGUAAACCCAGAAGUAUCAACGAUAGAUUGGUGAAUUGCUUGAAAAAAAGUAAUCCACCUAAAAAAGGAAUGCAAUUCCAACUGCUAGAGACAAGCGACAAAUGAGCAACAAUUGCACUCAAUGAACGUAUUGCCACGAUGUGAGAAACAAAUGCAAAGUGUCGCCUAACUCGCAGCGCAAUGCUAGUUUGCAACCACCAUAACUUAGCUAGCUCGCUAGGUACGUUAGCUCAAUUAGCUUGUUUUGGUUAACUUGUUAGCAUGCUAACUGGUUAGAUUUGACAGCAAGCAAGGUUUGACAUGGAAAACAUGUUUUUAGCUACGUUGCUGUUAGUUGGAUAGCAACAUAGCUUGUUAGGUAUACAAUCUUUGAGUACCAGUGUAUUAGCAUCGCUAGUUAACGUUAGCUAGCCAGCUACCGUGUGCAUUGCUAGUUGUCAACAGGAAAGACAACACUUCCUACAAAAAUAACUAGAAACCUAAGCGGUCAUCUCCUAGUCUGCUAACGUUGAUAUUGGUUAGAAAGAAUGAAGAACCACCUUUGACCGUUCAGUUUUUUGUUAUAAUUAGGUAGCUAACUAAACUCACUAGCUAACGUUAAUUACUCAAAUUGCAAACUUGAGUUAUAGUGACUAACGCAUAAAUACAAUGUGGCUCCAGCAAAGACUAAAGGGCCUACCAGGUCUGCUGUCAAGCAGCUGGGCUAGAAGAAUGCUCAUUGGACUGCUGUUUUUCCUCAUCUUCUACUGGUACCUUAGCUCAGACAGCGCUUUGAGGUUGUUCAGUGGCUCAAGCCAGUCGGACGGGCUGGCUGGACAAUGCCUCCAGACUGAGAUCCACAGGUGGAAGUCACUGGUGGACCGGGGCGAGGGAAUAUACACUACUCCCCAGGAGAAAGCGGUCACGCCUUUUGUCUCCGGUAACGGCCAUUUCCUGGUGGACAUUGACUCCAACAGACUGUGGGUGGCCUCGUCCUCCCAGCCCGGCUCGGCCCCCGUCUACCAGACUGAGUACUCACCCAUAGUGGGCGUCCAUGUCCCCGGGAAGCUGGCCGAGGCGCGGGCCACCAUGCUCUGGUUCCGCAAAGGGGCUGUCCUGUCCGUCCGCUGCGUCCUCCCAGGGGGAGUCGGCAGCUCCGGGUCAGCCCGUGACUGCCUCACCGUCCGAGAGGAGUUCAUCGCCCACCGCAGCCGGCCCAACGUCUUCCUCCAGAGGAUCCACGUCAACAACCCCUCUGAGCGGGCCGCCACCCUGGAGGUGUCCACCGAAACGCCCUUGUUCGGGAGCAAGUUCUCAGCCAGUGUGGAGAAGGUGGAGGACAAGGAGGUGGUGCUGUCGUCGGGCCGCGUGGUUCUGCCGGAGAAGAAGCAGAUAGUGGUGGUGGUGGUGGCCACCAAUAAGCUGGGCAGCCGCAUCCAGGUGGCUGCCAAGUCAGAGUUUGCAGAGAGUGUGCUGUCGGUGGUGUGGAUGUCGGAGCCCAUCGAGUCGGCCAAGCUGGAGGAGACCUUCACCAGGCUCCGAGACGGGGCCAAGAAAGAGCUGGGAGAGCUGCUGAGGGCCAACGUAGAAGAUCUGGUCCAGGACCACCAACAGGCCUGGAUGGACCUCUUCAUCUCUGGGGUGGAGAUGCGUAAGAUCACCGACGCACACACGCCGUCCAGCGCCACGGUCAACACCACGCUCUACUACGUCCUCUCGGCCUCGCCGGCGCCCCUGCUGGACCGCCGACUUGGCACUGAGGAGCGUGCCCGUCUGGAGUCCAGCCUCAACUACGCCGACCACUGCUUCAGCGGGCAUGCCACAAUGCACGCUGAGAACCUGUGGCCGGAGCGGGUCAGCAGUGUGGCCCAAGUCCUGCAGCUGGUCAACCUGUGGACCCUCACUCUGCAGAAGAGGGGCUGCAAGGUGCUGGUGGCGGCAGGCGCCCAUGGAGUUAUGCAGGGUGCCGUGCUCAGCUUCGGAGGCCUCUCGUUCAACGAAAACCACCUGCAGUUCCAGGCGGACCCGGACGUGCUGCACAACAGCUACGCGCUGCGGGGAAUCCACUACAACCAGGACCUGAUCAACCUGGCCGUGCUCCUGGACCUCGAGGGCAAACCCUUCCUGCACGUGUCAGUCAAGCCCCAGGAGAAGUCCGUGGCGCUGUACGCCUGCGAGGCGGGCUGCCUCAACGAGCCUGUCGAGCUGACGUCGUCGCUGGUGGAGGCCAAGGGCCACGUGUUCCCAGUGAUGGUGACACAGCCCAUCACGCCGCUGCUCUACAUCUCCACGGACCUGCGCCACCUGCAGGACCUGCGGCACACGCUGCACCUCAAGGCCAUCCUGGCGCAUGAGGAGCACAUGGCCAAGCAGUACCCCGGCCUGCCCUUCCUCUUCUGGUUCAGCGUGGCCUCGCUCGUCACCCUCUUCCACCUCUUUCUCUUCAAGCUCAUCUACAACGAGUACUGCGGCCCCGGCGCCAAGCCUCUCUUCAGGAGCAAGGUGACGAAGCCAAGUGAGGAAAUGGAAGCUUAGGAAGCAGCCAUGACAUCACAGGUGCAGAGUAGCAGCAAGCAAAUUACAUUGCCAUAAAGUGUGUUACUGUUCAUGUCAUCUGAUUGGGGUCAUUAUUUAGCAAUUAUAUUUGUGUUGUGAUGGUCAACAUGUUGAUUUGACUUUCGACAUGUUGGAACUGAAUUCAGAGAAAAAAGCUCAUAUCGCCUGACAACCUAUUUCAUUGGCAAGGCUAGUGAAAGUCUGUCAUUGUUUACAAUGCUUCUAUUCAUUUUGGCAGGACGACCUGUCGGUUUGAAUGAAUACCAUCAUCAUACACUAUGGGUGGAAUGAUGCCAACCGAUUUGUUGUCACUCACUGGCAAAACUCCAAAUGGAGGCUCAUUUCUCAAAGGUUGAAGUAUGAGAGUGAUUGAAGGGAAUCGGCUUAUUUUCUUUCACAUUAUCGGUCCUGUUGGUAAAUCUUAAUAUCGAUCCUUGCUUCCUUACUUACUUGGAAGUCUAACAUGGUCUAAAAUGAUUGCAUUGGUAAAGACAAGGGUUCCACUAUCUAGCUUUCACCAAUGUCAUUGUUUCAUGGAAUGGGGGGAUGGAUUUUCAAAGUAUUUAAACAGGUCAAUUUCCUAUACCCCUCUAGUCUAUUUUCUGCUAAGCUUAAUAUAGUCCAAAUAAAGUUUUUUUUAAAUCUGAGGAUCAACUCACGCCGAGCAAGUGUCAAUUUAAUCUUAAGAACCAUUGACAUCAAACUGAUGCUAAAUUACCAGGUCCGUCCGGCAGUGUGCAUUGGGUAUUAAUUUCCUAGUGGAAAAAGUCACUUAUUGGUGCAUUUCUCUGAGUCUGCCACUCAAUGCACUUCUUCAAGACCUCUGCUUCUGAACACCAAACAUUGCUAAGGUGACCAAAAUAUAUUCACUGAGCUAUAUUGUAUUCGCAAUUUUUUGGGCAAAUUAUAUUUUAUACUAAUACAAUUUCUCAGAGAAAGACAUU